ACUUAACAUAGUCCAAGGAUUCUGAACGUUGUACUCCUUUUGAAACAAAAAGGGCGAAGAGUGAGUAUAUUUCAAGAUGAAGAACGUGAAGGUGGCUGUGGUAGGUGCGGGUGUUGUUGGUCUUUCCACUGCAGUGUGUAUAGCUGAGGUCCUUCCAUACUGUUCUGUGACUAUUAUCGCCGACAAGUUCUCCCCAGACACUACUAGUGAUGGUGCAGCUGGGAUCCUUUUUGCUUCUGAAUUUCCAGACAUUCCUCUAGAAAGGCAGCAGCAUUGGUUCAAGGACACAUUUGAUCAUCUAUACACCAUUGCUGUGUCUUCACAAGCUUCAGAGGCAGGAGUGUUACUCAGUUCAGGAUAUCAGAUAUUCAAGGAGAUUCCAAGUGACAAAACUCCCUUCUGGUCUAAGUAUGUGCUAGGGUUCCGUCCCAUGACGGAUCGUGAAAUGAAAAGGUUUCCAGACCACAAGUUUGGCCAAGCUUUCACCACAAUCAAAUGUGAAUGCUCCAGUUACCUUCCAUGGCUAGAGAAAAGAUUAAGGAAAGCUGGUGGUCAGAUCAUACGUGAGACGGUAAAAGACUUUCAGCAGCUUGGCCGGAGCUAUGAUGUCAUUGUCAAUUGCUCAGGACUUGGAUCCAGAUCCUUAGUGGGCGAUGCUGAGGUCUACCCAGUCCGGGGCCAGGUCCUGAAAGUUCAUGCCCCUUGGCUGAAGAACUUCAUACGGGACGGUGACGGCAAGACUUAUAUUUACCCUGGCUCGAGUUACGUCACUGCGGGGGGAACCCGGCAAGCGGACGACUGGUGUCUGGAAGUGAAUAAGAUGGACAGCGAGGGGAUUUUGGAGCGCUGUAGCCGUUUAGAACCCUCUCUGCAUGGUGGGCAGAUUCUGGGGGAGUGGGUGGGCCUGAGACCUGGCAGAAAAAAUCCUAGGGUGGAGAGGGAGUGGAUGCAGGUGAAGGGUCGCCAGGUGCUGCUGGUGCACAACUAUGGCCACGGUGGCUGGGGCAUUACGCUGAGCUGGGGUACAGCGCUGGACGCACUUGGGCUCGUGAGGCAGAGCCUACAUGAGCGGCCGCCUAAAGCUAGACUUUGACCGUAGUUUUUAACUUCAUACUGUUUUACCAUGACUCUUCGUAUAAAUAAUUAACUACAGAGAACAUGUAAGAUCUAUCAGAAAGGAGAGCAAUCUAACUAGAAUGGAUAGUAGAUUAAAGAAAGUAAAUUAGUAAUUCACAGACACAAAAUAAUUUUAGUUUUGAGCCAAAUAGUAGACCCUAACUGAAGACAUUUUCAUGAAUAUGAAAAAAUAGACAACAGAAAUGAACUGCCACUAAUAGAGCAUUCUCAAUGCACUUUCAUAUAACUUUAAUAAAUUACUAUUAAUGUGAAGAGAAAUAUUAAAACUCCCAUGCAGAGGGGUUUGCCUUCAAUGCCCAAAGUUGGGCAUACAGAGCUGAAUAUAUAAAAUGAAGUCUUUAAUCAACUUACAGUACAAGCUCUCGGUAGGAUUUCUUUCCCAAUUCAUUCCUCUUCUAAUUUUCACCACAAUUACAUGGCUUAUAAAAUGGAGUACAAAUAACACAAAUGUGUACCUAAUUAGGUUGUGUGACCAGUAUAAUGAAUAUACUAAAAUUAAUUGCAAAUAGAUGCAUCCACUGGUUCAGAAAAAGAACAUGUUAAAUGAAUUACUACUGAAGGUGACUCCACAGUAGAGUGUGCUGAUUAGCUAAAUUAUUUUUGGUUUCCAUUGUUUUGUUCCCUUUACAUUAGAUUUUCUUAUGUGGUCUUGGAAUCUGUUAGCCUCUCAGUAGUAUGGACAAUGAAAAAAAAAUGAUGAAAGCAGUUUCUCUUACUCAAUUCACAUUCCAAUGAACUUUAUGAGAACUGCAGUUAGAAUUUAUACAUGUUCCAGUUUCUCACAUUAUUGACAAAUCUCACAUUAUUGACAUAAUUACUAUUUGUAUAUUUUCAAUGCAAUUUUGCAAGUUUGAACUGCUGUGCUGAGCUCUAAUGUCUAAACAGAAAAUCAGCAUUUAAAUAUCAGCAUUAUCUGUGAAUUUGGCUUUUUAAAAGAUAUUUCGAAGUUUUCUUUAAUAAAUUACAUAUUCUAUCAAAUAACACACAAAUGAAAAUAAUACACAUCUCUAAGCAAUACAGGAUGGAUGAAUGUGCUCAGGAUUAGAUAAAAACCGAUCUACCAAUGUUUUACCGGAAACCUGUACAGUAGACAUGGCAUAAAACUACCAAGUACAAAUGAAAAAUCACUCAAAACACUCUUGUUCCAAAACAUCAAUGAAAAAAUGCUUCAAAUGC